AAAUUUACUCCAUAUACAUAUCUGAUCUGAUCUCAUAAUUUUCCUUUUUUGAGAAAUGAUCUCAUAAUUUUCCUUAAAAUAGAAAUUCGUCAAUUUUAUUUAAAAAAACUUCCACUUACUGAUUGCCGAAGAAAACGACAAAUUGGAAAAAUCAAAGAAUUCAAACAAAACUACUCUUUCAGUUAAAUACUUUUCUUCUCAGCUAGCUAUCGAUCAUCUUCUAUAAACUUCUUCCCUCUUCUCCUUCAGUGCAAAAAAAUCAAUCAAUUAAGCAUGGAUGUUUUCAUUUCUACAGUGCAAAUUUCUUGCGGUGUAGUAGCUCUUAUAUAUCUAUGGAAGCUAUUGAAUUGGGUGUGGUUUACCCCCAAAAAACUCGAAAAAAUCCUGCGACAGCAGGGCUUCAACGGAAAUUCUUACAAGCUUUUCUAUGGAGAUUUCAAAGAGAUAAGGAGCAUCGCCAAAGAAGCCGUGUCCAAACCUAUGAAUUUUUCAAACGAUAUUGCGCCUAGAGCUAUUCCCAUCUACCACCAAACCUGCAAAAGAUACGGUGAGAAAAGUUUUAAUUGGUUUGGACCAAAGCCUGCAAUAAACAUCACAGAGCCUGAAAUGAUACGAGAGAUCACUUCCAAGAAUUAUGUUUACCUGAAGCCUACUGGUAAUCCAUUUGGUAAGAUGCUCGCGAAAGGGGUAGCAUCAUACGAGACGGAUAAAUGGGCCAAGCACAGAAAACUCAUCAACCCCGCCUUCCACGUCGACAAAUUGAAGCAUAUGGUUCCAUCGUUCUACUUGAGCUGCGGUGAAAUGUUGAGCAAAUGGGAUGAGAUUGUGGGAAAUGGAAAUGAAGGUGAGGUGGAUGUGUGGCCUCAUCUUCAGACAAUGACGAGCGAUGUGAUUUCAAGAACUGCGUUUGGGAGUAGCUACGAGGAAGGAAGAAAGAUAUUUGAACUACAAAGAGAGCAGAGCAAGCUCAUCAUGGAGUCUACUCGCUCUCUCUAUAUCCCUGGAUGGAGGUUUGUGCCGACGAAAUUCAACAGCAGAAUGAAAGAACUUGCGACGGAAAUAAGAUCAUUGGUGCUCGGAAUCAUCAAGAAAAGAAUGAAUGCAGCAGAAGGUAGCGCUGACGACUUAUUGGGAUUACUAUUGGAGUCCAAUUUGAAGGAGAUGAAACAGCACGGAAAUGAGUCCGGCAUGAGCAUCGAGGAAGUGAUGGAGGAGUGCAAGCUCUUCUACUUCGCCGGCCAGGAGACCACCUCGUCUCUGCUCGUUUGGACAAUGAUCCUUUUAAGCAAGCACGACGACUGGCAAGCCCGUGCCAGGGACGAGGUUCUGCAAGUGUUCGGGAGAGGGAAGCCCGACUACCAGGAGCUAAACCACCUCAAAACGGUCAACAUGAUCCUCCACGAGGCGCUGAGGCUAUACCCGCCGGGGGUGUCGCUUACAAGGUCGACUCACAAGGAAGCUCGAUUUGGGGAGAUUAGUAUACCGGCAGGGGUGCAGCUCGUGCUCCCGGUGCUGGCGGUGCACCACAACACCCGGCUGUGGGGGGACGAUGCGACCAGCUUCAAACCGGAGAGGUUCGCUGAAGGGGUGUCGAAGGCGACGCAAGGGCAGCUGGUGUAUUUUCCCUUCGGUUGGGGGCCGAGGAUCUGUAUAGGGCAGAACUUCGCAAUGUUGGAAGCUAAAAUGGCGAUGGCUAUGAUUCUGCAGCGGUUUUCGUUCCGGCUGUCGCCGUCGUAUACGCAUGCUCCUCAUACGGUCAUCAUUCUCCAACCUCAACAUGGAGCACACUUGAUCCUUACCAAACUACAACAAUAAUGUAGAUAUAGGAUUGGGAUUAAAAAGAACUUCAUUUAAAAAUUACGAAUUACUUGCACUUAACAUAUAAAGUAUCUGUACUUUCGUGUUGUUGGAUUCGAAUCUCAUAGGUAAAGCAAUUAUAGGAUAGUUAUAAGACCACGAAAGUAUAAUUACUUUAUACGUGCAA